AUGCAGUCUUCAAAAUUUCAUUUACUUUUCCAUUUCCGUUACUGGUUACUCUGGACUAGCAUAGGGAAAUUGGGAGAAAUUAAAUUAGCAGGCUUGUCUGUUAAUGCACAGAUGGAAAUGGGGAGCAAGAGCUCUGCAAAGUUGAAUGGAAUCCCCGAGGGGAAGGGGCCUUACUCUGUUGGCUGCACGGACCUGAUGACUGAUUACACAAUUCAGGGAAGCUUCUUUCGUCUGUAUUAUCCUUCACAAAAUGGCACAAGUAGUGAAGAAACCAAGUGGAUCCCCAGGAAUGAAUAUUAUCGUGGACUUGCCGACUUCCUCAACGUGUACCGGGUGUUAGGAGAGACGUUUUUUCAGUACUAUGUUGGCUCAGUGACAUGUCCUGCAAAAUGGAAUGCUGCUUUCAAGCCUGGAGAGAAAUACCCCCUCAUUAUUUUUUCCCAUGGACUUGGAGCUUUCCGGACUAUAUAUUCUGCUAUCUGCAUUGAGAUGGCAUCUCAGGGUUUUAUAGUUGCUGCUGUGGAGCACAGAGAUGAAUCCUCUUCUGCGACUUAUUACCGUAAGGAGAAUCCUGUUUGUGAAGCACAAGAAGAGGCUACAGAAAAUCCAGAAGAGGAAUGGAUCUACUACAGAAAACUAAAACGAGGUGAACAGGAAUUUCCUCUACGCCACCAACAGUUGCAGCAGAGAACAGAGGAGUGUAUCAAAGCUCUUGACCUCAUUCUUGGUAUUAAUAAUGGAAAUCAUGUAGUGAAUGUACUAUCUUUAAACUUUGAUUGGACUCUGUUAAAGGAGUCUAUUGAUAGUGACAGAAUAGCUGUGAUGGGACACUCUUUUGGUGCUGCCACAGCCAUUAAGACUCUUAGCAAAGACGCUAGAUUCAAGUGUGGCAUUGCCCUGGAUGCAUGGAUGCUUCCUCUAGAUGAUGACGUUUAUUCCAGGGUCGAACAGCCGUUGUUGUUUAUCAACUCAGAAAAAUUCCAGUGGGUUUCAAAUGUUCUAAAAAUGAAGAAACUUUACUCUACUGGCAAAAUAAGAAAAAUGAUCACUAUCAAGGGAUCAGUACAUCAGAGUUUUCCAGAUUUUACCUUCCUGACUGGUAACUUUGUUGGAAAGAUUUUCAAAUUAAAGGGAGAAAUAGACCCAAACAUAGCUAUAGAUAUUAGCAACAAAGCUUCAUUAGCCUUCUUGCAGAAACAUUUAGGUCUGAAGAAAGAUUUUGAUCAGUGGGACGCUCUCGUAGAUGGCGAAGGACAUAAUGUCAUUCCUGGAACCAACACUGAUCUACCCUCAACUCAGCCUGAAUCACUAGAAUGAAGAAACUGAUAAUACCACGCAUACUAAAGCACUUUUUAAGUCUUCAACAAGAUCUUACUUAGUAGUACUGUUGGUCAGCUACUUCCCACAGCUACAGCAUUUUUCUUUCUCUUACUUAUCAAUACAGGUGACUGUGAGGCAAUCUCAUUGCACUUUGAUAAAAGAGUUGCAGGG